AUGCUGGGACGAAUUUCGAAUUAUAAAUAUGUUAAAAUUAAUGUUGAAAUUACGGUGAGUCGCGAUUCGCAUUGAAACUGGUGGCGCGGCGAUUAGCAUUCCAACCUUUCAAACCUUCUGUUAUCUUUCCUGUAAGCAUCCAUGAACAUAAAAGUCACUUUAAGGUAGUAAACUGUAAUGCACGUUUAAUGCAAUGCUCGUUUAAUGCUGUGUCGUGUCAUUUGUUGUCAUUGUAGAUGUCUUUUGCAAAUUUAAGGAUGACGCCGUCGCAUCAGUUGGUCCUGCGGGCCUCUGAUGCGGCGGCGGCCUUCACCGCCGCCAUGGGGCCACGCGGGACCCAGGCUCCCGCCAGCGCCAAGAGGCCGGAGGAGGUGGAGAAGGAGGCCCGAGCCCGCGUCGUCUCCGAGGGUGGUGACCCCGGGAACCCCAUGCUGGUGCUGGGCUGCCACAGCAUCCAGCCUGGCAAGUACCGGGGUCAGACCUUCCGGUGGCUCCUGGAGAACGACGCGGGCUACGCCUGUCACCUGGUCGCCAGUCACCAGCGGGAGCGGGAGACGAGUGCCUUGGACAGCCCGUUCAUGGCCAACAAGGACAGCCUCGCCCGCUACUCCUGCGCCCACCCCGCUUUUGCGGAGCACCUCAAGUUCCGCCGGGCGCAGGAGGAGGCCCGGGCUCGCGCCACUCUGCCCGGGCGGGGGGGCGAGGCGCUUGUUGGCUUCGGGCUGUUCAAGGAGGACACCCUGAAGGACCUGUACGAAUCCAAGGACAAGGACCGUCAGGAAUACGUCAAGUGGCUACGACGGAAGACACCGCAGCCUGGGAGCUCCAUGGACGCCGCCAUUCAGUACUUCUUGGGCCGAGACAAGGAGCGGUCGGCGGAGGCGGCUGCUACACCCCCUCCGCCCGCCAGCAGCAGCACCAGCAGCGGCCCCAGCACCACCACCAGCCAGGCCGCUGCUUCAACCGUGCUGCCGCCCCGCAAGCCGACCGCUCCCAAUUUCUCGGCCCUUGUGCGCGGGCGUCCGAUGGGCCCCAGGGAGCUGCAGGCCCAGAUCAGGAGACUGAUGAGCCCACCAGCACGGCCUGCAGCUCCAGCGGUGUCUUCCGUCAGAGACCAGCGCCCCUCGGUUCCGCCGCCCCCCACCACAGAGGUGACGGACGAGGAGCUGGUCCGGAUGGUCACUGAUGUAGAAAUGGCUGGCGUACAGGUCCUUCAGGCCCUCCCGCUCCCGCUGGUGACGCCUCCGACUCCACCUCCCCCGGCACCGUCCUCCACCCCACCACCACCACCACCACCACCACCACCACCACCACCACCACCACCACCACAAGUUGCGGCUGCUCCACCGACGGUCGGGCUUCCUGCUCGGGCUCCGGCGCAGACCAGGGUGGAGCCUCGUGGCGUCUCCGUGGAGGAGACGCCGUGCGGGGAGGCCACCCUGGCGCCGGAGCCGAAGAAGAAGAGGAGGAAGACGACGACGACGGGCGACGUGGAGCAGCCGGCAACGCCCGCUCCUGCUCGGGCUGAGACCCGGUUGCCUGAGGGCUGGCGGACAGCCCUCACCGGGGCAGAGCAGGAGUGGAUCGGCCGGGCGCUGUUCCAGCAGACCAGCGGGGGGUCCCUCAAGCUAACCACGGACCUCAAGCUGUGGUGGGACCCCCCCCAGCCCCGGCUGAACUAUACUCAGCCACCCGCCUCGGCGGCUGCCUUCUUCGCGUGUCGGUUGUUCCUCUGGGCGCCCCUGCACAUGUGGGGUCCCCGGCCGACAUGCUGCCAGAAACAUCUCACCAAGUGUGGGAUGUACAAGACCAUCCGGAAGGUCUUGGACAUCGACGGCUGGUACUUGAUGGCCACCGAGUACCUGGAGUACCUGGAGUGCCGUCGGUGUCGGAGGAAGGUAGCCGCCUGGUCGCAGGAGGUCGUGAGGCAGCUGGGAGAGGGGCAUCGCGCCCUCUUCCCGGCGAUCCUCACCUACAAGCUUGCCUGCGACCGGCGGGUCAUCAUCCAGCUGCGUGAGCGUACUCGGGGGAACAGCGCCACGCAGCUGCAAAAAAAAACUCUUGCACCCCACCAUCGAAACCAUCGCAUCCUGUCUCGCCUGGAGGACGUGAAGGCCCGGGUCACCUCAGUCUUUGGAUCCAUCUUGAAGAUGGAUUCGACCAAGAAGGUGACCCGGAAGCUCGCCGGUGCCGCCGCCCAUACCGCAGCCUGGGCGACCAACGUGGGCAACGAGCACGGGCAGGUGCUAAUGUCCGUGCUCACGGCCACCGAGGGGGGUUGCCUGUUGCCCAUGGCCGCGGGGUUAAUGCGGCGGUACCGGGACGCUGGGGUAGCGCAGCCUCGCGUCCUCGAUGUCGACCGGGACUGCUGUUCGUCCCACGGGGGGUCCAAGGCAGCUGCUGCGUUCCAGGAGUGGGACAAGCUGGUGGUCCGGUUGGACAUUUGGCACCUGAUGCGACGCUACUCAUCAGGUGUCACAACCGAGAGCCACCAGCUGUACAAGCCCUUCCUGCAGCAGCUGUCUGCCUGUAUCUUCCUGUGGGACCCAGAGGACACAGCCCGGUUGCUGAACGCUAAGAGGAGGACGCUAGAGGCGCAGAGGCUGACCUUCUCGUCCGACGCCGGAGUGUGGAGGCACGUCAGCCGCAGGGAGAUGGCUCUCCAUUGCCGUCGCCGCACGCGUGGAGCUGCGGCGACAGAGCGGCUGAUCGAUGACCUCCUCCAAACCUUCGGCGGUGCCAACGGGCGAGACACCAUGGGGAUUCCCCUGCUGGACCGGGACCGCAUCCAGGCAAUCCGUGCGGAGCAGCGACGGCACCUCUGGUGCAUCCAGGACCCGCCGGGCGUGGAGCUGUACACGGAGACAGGAGAAAGUGCCAACCCGUGGCACUUCCAGGCUUUUCUCCUGGAGGGGUUGAUGAGAUGGAACGAGGACAGGGCGGCGUCCGCGGCCUAG